UUUCACCAUUUUCAUUCGCUUGCAGCUUCUGAGGCACACACACUCCACUACACUACACCAUACCCUUGCAGUUCCAGCCAGUUAUUGCAGUCUUCAGCAAUGAAGGGAAAGAACCGGAGAAGUAACGGCGCCGUUAAAAUCGAUUACAUCAUUCACAUUCAGGAGAUUAAGCCAUGGCCACCAUCACAGUCUCUCAGAUCCUUUCGUUCCGUGUUGAUACAAUGGGAAAACGGUGAACGUUCUUCGGGGUCCACCAAUCUUGUUACACCUUCGCUUGGUUCUGUUAUAGGCGAAGGAAAAAUCGAGUUUAAUGAGUCAUUUAAACUUCAUGUGACUCUGUUGAGGGACAUGUCUGUGAAAAACGGUGAUGUUGAUGUGUUUCAGAAGAAUUGCUUGGAGUUCAACUUGUAUGAGCCUCGAAGGGAUAAGAUUGUGAAGGGUCAAUUGCUUGGGAGUGCUAUUAUAGACUUGGCAGAUUGUGGUGUUGUUAGAGAGAGCUUGAGCAUUAGUGUUCCGUUGAACUGUAAGAGGAACUAUAGGAACACGGAUCAGCCGAUUUUGUUUGUUAGAAUCGAGCCUGUUGAAAAGAAUCGUGGUAGGAAGGACACGUUUUCAAAAGAGGUGUCAAAUGAUGGUGGUGACUCUCUAUCAACAUUGAUGAAUGAAGAAUAUGCUGAGGAAGCUGAGAUUGCAUGUUUUAGUGAUGAUGAUGUUUCCUCGCAUUCAUCUGCUGCAGCAGUUACUACUACUUCCCCUGAGUCUAGUAGGUGCAUUAUACCUCCUCAACACCACCAAGAGAAUGGACCAGCUCAAAACACUGGUGGUAGGAAUGACAAGGAGCAUGCCUUGGCCUCAGAAACAAGGGUUGAAACAUUGAACAUGAUGCAACAAGAUACAGAUGAGAGACUGGAGAGGAGUUCAUCCAAUUUGUCAUCAGUGGAUGUAUCCUAUGAUGCUGAGAGUCCUGGACAGAUCAAAAGCAAGUUGUUUCCCCAAAUGCUGAUCCUUCUUCCCCCUCCUUGGAGGAAAAUUCGAAGAGCAGUUCUAGAAGCAGUGAUCAUGAAAAUUUGGAUCAGGAGGUUUUUGAAAAGGAUGCUAAUUGUAGAAAUAUAG